GGACCUGCCUCCUCAAGAGGACACCCAGUGUUUGCAAUCCGUCCUCAGUGUGCUCUCAGUCUGCAGGAUGGAGGACAUGUGCUGUGGACACGCUGAUCCAGCUGCUCUAGUGUCUCUUCGGACUCUGGAGGUUCUCCGCGUCUUUUGACAAAACCCACCCAGUCGCAGGACUGAGAGACCGGCUGAGCGCACUGACAAGCCUCGGCCGUGGUUUUCUGAACAUUAAAGCUUUAAAAGUCAAAACAGCUGCUCAGGAGAUGGGCUUAGUUUCCACGUGGAUUCCCCGACAGUGUCACAGCCUCUGAUUUUCCUCUACCAGUCAGUGGACCGUGUCAGUGAGACUGUGCGUUUGGAAAAAGGACCGGACACGAUGCGAACCCGAUUUCCAAGUGUUGCUGCUCCCCCUGAACAUGAGCAACACGCCGCCGCCGCUACUGCUGCUGCCCGCACACCCCGUCCCACCGACCCACAGUAACCGCCGCCGUGGCUCGGAAUCCGCUGAAACAUGUUUCUCUUGUGGGGUCCCGGUGAGUUUGUUCCUCAGCUUCAUCAUUUCGCGGACGUGGAGCGUUCAGAUGUCGUGGGAAAACUGGAACGCCGAGCUGCGCAACCGAGGAAAUGAAUUUGAUAAACCGAGCUCUCAGCCGCACAUCAUUUUUAUCCUGGUGGAUGAUCAAGGCUUCCGGGACGUUGGGUACCACGGCUCCGAGAUCAAAACCCCGACACUGGACCGGCUGGCAGCGCAGGGAGUCAAACUGGAGAAUUAUUAUGUGCAGCCGCUGUGCAGUCCCUCCAGGAGCCAACUCAUGACCGGCAGGUAUCAGAUCCAUACAGGCCUUCAGCACUCCAUCAUCCGAGCUACCCAGCCCAACUGCCUGCCCCUGGAAAAUGUCACCCUGCCCCAGAAGCUCAAGCAAGCAGGAUACUCCACUCACAUGGUGGGCAAGUGGCACCUGGGCUUCUACAAGCGUGGCUGUCUGCCCACCCAGCGUGGCUUUGACACUUUCUUUGGUUCCUUGCUGGGAAGUGGAGACUACUACAGUCACUAUAAAUGUGAAGGUCCCGGUAUGUGUGGUUAUGAUUUGUAUGAAGGGGAAGAGGCAGCUUGGGAACAGGACCGUGGCUUGUACUCUACUGUGAUGUUUACUCGAAAGGCUAUCAGCAUCUUAGCCAAUCAUGACCCUCGCAGACAGCCUCUGUUUCUCUAUUUAGCCUAUCAGGCUGUUCAUUCCCCACUGCAGGUUCCCGCCCGCUACCUCGAGCGAUACAAGGGAAUUCCAAACUUGCAUCGACGUAAAUAUGCCGCCAUGGUGUCAUGCUUGGACGAAGCCAUCCACAACCUCACGUUGGCCUUAAAACGCUACGGUUAUUACGACAACACAGUUAUAGUGUACUCCUCAGAUAAUGGAGGUCAGCCGUUAGCUGGUGGAAGCAACUGGCCUUUGAGAGGGAGUAAGGCCACCUACUGGGAGGGGGGUAUAAGGGCGGUGGGCUUUGUUCACAGUCCCCUGUUGGUGAACAAAGGGAGAAAAUGUCGAUCUUUGGUCCACAUCACUGACUGGUUCCCCACACUGGUGACCCUGGGUGAAGGGACUUUAGAUGAAGAUCUCAAUCUAGAUGGUUAUGAUGUCUGGGAGGCUAUCAGUGAAGGCCGGCCGUCGCCUCGACAGGACAUUCUUCAUAACAUCGACCCAAUCUACAUCAAAGCCAAGAACGGUUCAUGGAAAGCUGGGUACGGCUUAUGGAACACAGCCAUCCAGGCUGCUCUCCGGGUGGGCCACUGGAAACUCCUGACGGGGGUUCCCGGCUACAGCGACUGGGUGCCCCCACAGACCUUUUCCAACCAGCGGCUAACCAAUCGUUGGCAUAAUGAGCGCGUCCGUUGGGACCGGGGUAAAUCCAUCUGGCUUUUCAAUAUCACAGCUGACCCUUAUGAGAGAGUGGACUUGUCUCAGCGCUACCCACACAUAGUGAAGAAGAUGCUAAUACGACUGGCGCAGUACAACAAGACUGCAGUGCCUGUACGUUACCCAUCCAAAGACCUGCGUUCUAACCCUCAGUACAACGGGGGCGUAUGGGGACCCUGGUUCAAAGAUGAGAGGGAGGAGCAGGAGGAGGAUGAGAGAUACAAUAAUUUGUUCACCAACCAUCUUGGAAAAAGAAGGUGGAAAAAGAAAUCAAAGAACAGAAAGCUGAAAAGGAAGGUAGAGGAAUAGCGUACCCCAUUUGUGAAAGACUUCAGUUGCCUUUUCUCAGGGAUUGACACUUCCUGUUUCAGGAUUGUCCUCUUCAGACUGUCGAACUCCAGUUAGUUCUAACUUUAUACUGUAUGAAAAACAACACGGAUGGACCUUUUGAAAUGCCUCAAGAGACUAAGGAAAAGAUCCACUCGUUCAAACACUACUGUCAUGCCCAGACACAGCUAAGACCUCAUUAAUGUUAGGGGCAUUUAAAGAAUGUUUAUUUUUCUAGAUUGUGUUGCAUGCUUGAACUGUUGUCACCUUUGGAUUGUUCUGUAGAUUCAUGUUUCACUUAGAGUAGAAAAUAAAUUUCCCUAGACAGUUGCCAUAAAUUUUGGUGACAGAAACAAAGUAGGACAUAGUUCUAUUAUGUUGUUGAUUGCAGCAAUACACUAUCUUGGAAACAGAUGUAGGAUUUAUGUGAUGUGUGAGCUGAUGUACGUUGGUUUUGUAAGCACACUCUGUCUGAACUUAAGAAUAAUAGAUUUUGAUCCCUCUCUUAGAUUGAUGUCUGGUCCGGCACCAGGCCAACCCGAAUGUAAGACAAACUAACAAAAUAAAAGCCCCAGACACAAAGCUCUUUGUCUUUGUCAAUCUCUCAAGCUCUGUCUGGUUUGCAUUUUAUUACAGCCAGAUUUCCUUUAUUCUGAUGACAAUAAGUACUGGAAAAGUUUUAACAUUUUUAGAAGUAGCCACUGAGUACAUUUAUUCAUGGAAAAAUACAAUAAACUGGGAUCUGACCGGUGAUAGAGACCUAAUUGCUUUUCUUGCAGUCCUUAAAAAACGCCUUCCUCAUCAGUCAUGGUGGACUGUACAGGAAGUACAAGAAAAAAAAGAGAGACAUGGAACUAUUCACACUGAGUGAACAAUCUGUAAAACUAUAUUUUUAAUGCGUCUGUUGCUCGGCAUCCA